AAAACUACAAUUGAGACCUACACCUUCACUGCAACAAUCAGCGAGAUAUCAUGGCUCCAUCUGUGGCUCAUGACGAUGUACAGGUUCAACCUGCAUCUCCCGUUUCGAACAAAUCCCGCACGAUCCCUGAGAUCAAGAAGAGUGUCCAAGGAUUGACUCAAAGUGCAUCAUUCCCGGCCCCUCUAACAUACUCUGGCUCUCUGGACCAUUAUGAGUCGUUCGACGUGACAUCUGUUAUCGGCAGAGAGUACCCCAAGGUCCAGUUGACGGAGAUCUUGAAGGACGAUGCUAAGAUUCGGGACCUUGCUAUUACAGUCUCUCAACGUGGUGUGGUGUUCUUUCGGAACCAAGACAUUGGCAUUGAAGACCAGAAGAUUCUUGGCCAGAAGCUAGGGGAACUUACUGGAAAACCUGCGACAUCUAAGUUGCACAAACAUGCGCUGAGCAACAGUAAGCGAGGUAUUGCCGUUGACGAAAAUGGAAAGCUCGAUGAUGAGGUAUCAGUGAUCUCAUCUGAGCAAAACAGAAAGUACUAUCAAGGUCGCUUCUUUGGAGCCAAGAGAGUCGCAAGUGAAGGAUGGCAUGCUGACAUCACAUUUGAGCGUGUUCCAUCUGACUACGCCAUUUUGAAGAUCAUCAAGACUCCCGAAGACGUUGGGGGCGACACCCUUUGGGCAUCCGGAUACGAGGCAUUUGACCGCUUGUCUCCAGUUUGGCAACGAUUCGCAGAGACCUUGACUGCUACCCACCACCAACCAAACUUCAACAAAGUUGCAGCAGAGCAUGACCUGGAAUUAAUCGACGAGGAGAGAGGUGCACCAGAGAACAAAGGAUUGGACUUUACGGCUUCGCACCCAGUCGUGCGAACCAAUCCCGUGACCGGCUGGAAGAGUCUCUUCGGUGCGGGGCACCAAGUGCACGCUGGCUGGAUUGACAAUGUAACCGAGACCGAAAGCGAGGUCAUCAAGGCUUAUUUCAACAAACUUAUUGCCGAGAAUCAUGACUUGCAGGUGCGUUUCAAAUGGAAUACAAACGAUCUCGCAAUCUGGGAUAACCGCUCCGUCUUCCACACGGCUACGAAUGAUUAUGAUGGAAAGCGUCAAGGAAACAGAGUUGUGUCUUUGGGUGAGAAGCCGUACUAUAACCCCGCUUCGAAGUCUCGACGAGAAGCACUCUUCGGAUUGGCUUGA